AUGGCUCCAUUUGACGCCUCUGCCAUGCCGGCGCUCGACAAGCGUGGUACUAACUUGUGGCGAUGGGAAGCAGCGUUCAAGCGAUUUGCCCAAGCCAAUGCCUGCGACGAUCUACUCAGCGGAGUAUUGACUGAACCUAUUGUUGUACCUCUCGUCUAUGAUGAUGAACCUACCACAACGGGAACCUCAGCUAUCCCAGAUCAAGCUACGCUGAGGGCAGUCGUGGCGCAAGUUCGCGCCGACAACAGCUACAGGCAGGGGACUUACCGACGAGAACUGGCAGCACUGAACAGUUGGAAGCAAUCUAACGUGGCGCUCCAACUUGCUAUCCUCAACACCGUCCCCCGAGACAUAUAUGAAGGCGUACGGCACUUACCCAUCGACCAGCAGUACAAGGCUAUCGUUGCCCGCUUUCGCAAGAGCGGCGUUGCCGAGGAGUGUACUAUCUGGGGCAACUUCUUUAGUCUCCGAGCACACCACUGCCCUACGACAGCGGUGUUUACCGACCAAUUCAAGGCAGGACUUGCAAAAAUUGAUAACAUGAACUUCACUAUCUCUGAAAAGUGUAAGGCAUACCAGUUUAUCCUUGCCGUACAGGAUGCGUACCCAGAGUAUGCCCGCAAUCGACGCGCAGACCUCCGCCGCAACGUUAUCCCCAAGGUUGAUCAAAUGUGCAACGAGAUCAACUAUAAGGCUCGUUGCGAUGACCCAGUCAAGGCUGCCUAUGCCACAAUGAAGCAGAAGACAGAUAACAACAAACCUGGGGGUGGAGGUUACAACCACGACAACCCUUAA